UUCUCAACAUGGCCAUGAAAUUGGCAAAUUUUUCGACCGUGAUCUGUUUGAAAACUUUUAUCAGUAGCUUUAAGUAACACCUCGGUGUAUGUUUUAAGUUCGCGGAGUAAUUUUUUUAUAUUUUAUUUUAAUUCGUCGUUAAGUUUUAAGUGCAAGAUGACGCAGUCUGUGCUCGAUUUAAUGAGAAACAGCGGCUUUCAUAAUUCACUAUUCGUGAAUUGUGAAGCUAAGAAUCAGCUAGCCAAUCCUGUAUACUCGAUGCAACGAAAUCAAUCAACUAUGGCUGCUUCAGUCGCCGAAGGAGAUAGUUGUGAAUUUGCAUCGAACAAAUAUUACGCUUUGUGUGGUCUUGGAGGUAUAUUAUCAUGUGGUAUUACUCAUACACUCGUCACACCUUUGGAUCUUGUCAAGUGUAGAUUACAAGUCGAUCCAGCUAAAUAUAAGAAUGUCGUUAAUGGAUUCAAAGUAACCGUCGCUGAAAAUGGAGUUCGGGGUUUAGGUCUCGGAUGGGCACCAACUUUCUUCGGAUAUUCGACGCAGGGUCUAUGCAAAUUCGGUUUAUACGAAGUUUUCAAAGUUCUCUACUCCGAUUUAUUGGGUGAAGAGAAUUACUACGUGUAUCGUACAUGGGUUUACUUAGCAGCAUCAGCAUCUGCCGAAUUUUUCGCCGAUAUUGGUCUCAGUCCUAUGGAAUCUGCAAAGGUCAGAAUUCAAACACAACCCGGAUUUGCCCGUACAUUAAGGGAAGCGAUACCUAUGAUUUAUAAAGCCGAAGGUAUGAAUGGAUUUUACAAGAGUUUAGCGCCACUUUGGAUGCGACAAAUACCAUACACUAUGAUGAAAUUCGCAUGCUUUGAAAAAACUAUUGAAAUACUGUACCAAUACGUUGUUCCUAAACCACGAUCGGAAUGCACAAAAGGCGAACAACUAGUCGUAACCUUUGCCGCAGGUUACAUAGCUGGAGUAUUUUGCGCCAUUGUUUCGCAUCCCGCAGACACGGUAGUUUCGAAAUUAAAUCAAAACAAAGGCGCUAGCGCUCUCGAUGUCGCUAAAAAACUCGGUUUCGUCGGUUUGUGGGGAGGUAUACUUCCUAGGAUUGUUAUGAUUGGUACGUUGACCGCUGCUCAAUGGUUCAUUUACGACGCUGUAAAGGUGUACUUACGAUUGCCCAGACCACCUCCACCUGAAAUGCCAGAAUCUUUGAGAAAGAAAUUGGAAGCGUCGGGUGAAUUGAAGAAUCACUAAGUCGCAAAAAUUCAGUAAAAUUCGUAGUCAUCGAAUCCGACCAUGAUUAUAAUGAAUGGUGUAGCUAAUUUGUAAAUAUUGUAUCAAUGUAUCGUGAUGUAAAAAAAAGUAAAUUGUUGUUUCGUUUAA